AUGCUAUUACUUACUGGUGCACCAAAUGGAGCUAAUGCAUGUUUUGGAUUAUCUUCAUUUCAAAUUUUCUUGUAUGGAAUUAUUCCUGGGUUUUAUUCUUGUACCAAUGGAGAUACAUGGUCUUCUGAAGUUGGGGUUUUGAGUAAAACACAACCAUUUCAUAUCAUUACAUUCAAACAAGUUCCAGCUGGUACUAACGGUGGUGUAAGUUCUCUUGGACUUAUUUCUGGGUUUUGUGGAUCGCUCUUGAUUGGACUGCUUGGAGGAUUGGUAUUUUUGAUGAACUGUUCAUUUGACAUAACUCUCUUUGUAUUAGUUUCUUCUUCUAUUACGAUUAGUGGAGUAUUAGGAAAUUUGUUAGAUAGUAUUCUUGGAGGAACACUACAAUACUCUGGCUGGGAUGAAAAACGAAAAUGUGUUGUACGUAAAUCUGGAGAUAAUGUAAUAAGAAUUUCUGGGGUUGAUAUUUUAAGUAACUCAGCUAUUAACUUUAUAACGUCUUCAAUUUCUGGUAUUAUUUGUGGAUGUCUUUUCCUCUAUCUUCGUUCUAUUUAUUAA